AUGGACAACGCCGAGUUUUAUCACCUACUCCCCGUGAUCCCUCCGCAGCCGCAGCAUUUCUACCCCGGAAAACCUCCAGUUCCGGCGCCGUAUCCGUAUCCAUGGGACAGUCAGGAGAGCGAAGCGCCCAAUCGCAUCGCGCAUACUCUCACGGCGUGUUGCAGAUGCCGGCAGAGGAAGACGAGAUGUGACCCCACCCUCCCGCGGUGUCUACCCUGCGAACGGUCUGGCUCGACGUGCGAGUACUAUGACAGCACCAAGGGGAAGAGGAUCAACCGCUCCUACGUUGUCAACCUCCAAAAGAGGGUGCGCCAGCUCGAGGCCGACCUAUCCCAGUACACGGAUGAGGAGAGCGACUACCCACACAGCUAUGACGACAUGGUUCGUCCCGGCGGAAUGGUCCGCCUGGGCGAGACGGGCGAGAGCGCCCGCUAUCUCGGGCCCAGCAGCGGCAUCGCCAUGACACGACUGCUUAUGGAGGAAGCCAAGAGGUACACCGAGUCUCAGAGGAUAGCCGAUCUGAUCCCCGAACUGCGAGCCCGGAGGAUUGACAGGAGGGACCGCAUGCAGAGCAUAGUGACAGGAGGAAGUAUCAGCGGUCCUUCCAGCAGGAAAAGGAGCUUUCCUGCAAACAGCGUUAUUCCCGCGCCAUCCCUGCCUAGCAGGGAGACUGUUGACGGCCUAGUGCGCAUUUUCAACGAGAGAGUCCAGGUCUUUACACCCAUCCUGCACGAAAAGGUAUUCCGAGAGGACUUGGAAGCCGUGUUCGCUGGCGACAAGGACCCGUAUAGACAUUUUAUCGUGAACAUGGUAGUUGCGAUCAGUCUGCAGAAGAUGGACGGGUAUCCGGGCCUCGCUGCGAGCUACUAUCUCAGCGCCAUGCAACACUUUGAGGACGUGGUGCGCCCCAAGGAUCUCAAAACGCUACAAUGUCUGUGUCUUAUCGGCCAGUACUCGCUUCUGACGCCUACAAGGACCGCAACAUAUUACAUAAUUGGGCUCGCAGUAAGGAUAUGCCAGCAGCUCGGCCUAGGGGACGAGCGAACCAUCGCAGUGGGCUCGCCGGACCCCCAGACUCUUGACAUGAGGCGGAGGUUGAGCUGGAUUGUCACCACGCAGGAGUUUGGCCUUUCGCAUAUUAUGGGGCGUCCGAACGGGUUCGCAAAGAGCGAUGACCUUAUGAACGUUGAGUUCUUUGAGGCCGUUGCGGACGGGGACAUCACCCCUGAAGGCAUUCACCCGGGCCGCCCCUGCGAGCGGAAGGCGGUUGCUAUUUACUUCUGCAAGAUGAGGCUACUGCAGGCAGAAAUCCGCCGGAUGCUCUACGAAAAGAGCCGACCGGGGCCGACGCACGAGAGUCAUCCGUGGUUCGCUCAAGUGGAGCAGAAACUCAAGGAUUGGCUUGAAGAUUGCCCCGAACAGCCUCCAUGGUGCAAGCCCUGGUUUACUGGUCGAUAUCACAACAUGAUCAUUUCCAUCUAUCGGCCUUCCCCUCAGGUGCCACGGCCGACUAGCCAGGCCGCAGCGAAAUGCUUUGUGGGGUCGCGGUACAUCAUCGGCUUGACGUCUCGGCAGGUACAGCAGGGUGCAGUAGAUGUCACUUGGGUGUUCCUGCUGACCAUCUACUCGGCUCUGAAUGCCCUUCUCUGGUCCAUUUCCUAUCCCGAGGUCAGGGCAGAGCAUCCACAGACUGAAGUAGAGGAUCUUGCAAGGACGGCUUUAGAGACCAUCACGAACUGUUCCGAUCGGUGGCCUGGAUCAUCCUCUGCGAUUCAACUAUACACCGUAUUUGCCAACGCCUGCCUACAGAGCUAUCAGGUCAAAGAGGAAACCCCGUCGCCUGUUUCAAGCAGUCAGCUCGACACUCCAGUAUCGUACGCUGACCCCUUAUCACCCGAAUCCGACAUGUCGGGAAGCACGCAUACACAAGCGCAGUCACAGGUGGCAUCGUCAUUGUUCAACAGGUCGCCCUUUGGAUAUGUUUUCGAAGCGACACCAGAGCUCCCUGCUGAGUAUGGCUUCGACGGUGGCCAUAUCCAGAAUCAGCCCACUUUCCGUUCAAAUUCCAUUUUCAUGAGCCCGUCAUCAGAUUCGAAUGGCCGCAGGCUAUCCAAUCUUGCGCCCGACUCUUCCCAGUCACACGAGGGUUCCGCACCUGAGCGCCUCGGAACCACCCCGCCUCCUCCGAUGAUGAUGCACCGGAACAACCCGUCACCCGCCCCGCCUGCUACCCCCAUAUCAGUAGCCUCCUUGCCCACACCGCCAGAAUCACUUGCUCCGCCGCCCUCCGUUCGUGGUACCAACACCACACCAUCCCCGAGGCUGACCCCGGCCACACAGACAGCCACUCCAAACCCAACACCCACUCUGCGGCCCGUCAGUCCGGCUGCGCCGUCUCAACAUCCCAGCCCAGCAGCGCGGCCAAUUGUAAUGGUAAAGCAAGAACCUUUAACCUUUCCACCCGAGUUCAAACGGCUCCCACAGCACUACCACCAACAACAACAGCAGCAGCAAUCAUGCAUACCCCUUCCUCGAACUACUCAGAGAACGGCGGCACCAACGUCAACACCUCCAGCCUUCACCAUACCGCCCCCGCCUCACCAGCGACCACUCCCGUCAGCAGCCUCAGCGGCAACGGUGACUGUAACCGACUGGUUCAACCCCCCACCGCCCUUCAUCUCACCGCAUGCUUUUUCGGGUGGCGGAGCCGGAGCCGGAGCCAGGAUGACGGCCCCCCCCCCGCCCUCGUUCCUCUCCCCCUGGGACGUGGACGCGGCAGCCCCAAAUCCCUUCAUUGGCCUCGGCUUGGGCGGGAACGAGACCGGGACCGGCAGCCAGCCACCAUCCGCACAAACACAAACCCAGACUCAAACCCAAGGGCAUGCACAGGGACAGGCACAGGGCCAAGGACAGGGACAGGGACAGGGGGGUUGGAAUAUCCCCUGGCAAGCACAAUCACAGCAGCAGCAACAACAACAUCAUCCGGGUGGGAAUGGUGGCAGUGGGUUUGGCGUGUAUAACGGGUUUGGAUUCCCCCCGUCGUCAGCGUCGGCGUCAGCGUCGUCUGCUGCUGCCCUCGCGGACUUUGGUGGCGGUGGCGGUCUGUUGGGCCAGCGACAUGGCAGUCUCAGCCAUGAACAGCAGCUGGAGCUGAUGGAUGUCCUGGAGACGGAGGGCAUGCAGGAUAUUGAAGGGUUCUUGAGCAUGGGUAUGGGUGUGGGCGGGAUUGGU